UGUAUAAAUGGUAUUAAACUAGAAUACACAAGCGAAUAUGAUAAAAAUGCUAAACCUAAUGAUACCAAAGCUAACACUCAUUCGUGUACCAUAUCUACUAAAUCAAAUCCUUCUCCCACCUCGCCAUUUGGCAAAAACGUUCAUGUAAAUAUGAUAAGUUCACCGUUAUCGAGCCCCAAAGCUAAUCCGCCUAUCAAUUGUAACAAUAUUUUACCGGCCUCUUCAUCUCUAGGAGUUCCAGCUAUAGCGAAAAUAUCUAAGUUCACGGCACCUGUUCACAUUGAUGUUGGGGGCAUACAAUAUACGACUACUUUACAAACCUUAACCAAAUAUCCCGAAUCCAUUAUAGCAAAACUAUUUAACGGGACGAUUCCCAUAGUGUUAGAUAGCUUUAAACAACAUUAUUUCUUAAAUCGAGACGGUAAAAUUUUUCGCCAUAUCCUAAAUUUUCUUCGAAACGGGAGACUUUUGUUAUCGAGCAAUUUCAAAGAAAUUGAUUUGCUCAUGGAAGAAGCUCAAUUUUUUGAGAUAAAUCCCCUCAUAAAAGCUUUAGAGAUGUACAAAAAAAUACCCACCAACGAACAUAAUUAUCCUUACAAAAAUAUGGCGGACGAAAAUGAUCAACUUUUGAAAGACGCGUGCGAAAGUAGGGUUUCUUCACCAAAGUGCAAUUACAAUAAUAAUCAAGAUUACCGAGCUAAAAGGAAAGGAUUAAUAGUCGAUAAUUUGUUAGCAAAAAAAAUGGCUGUAGGUUUUAAACCAAAUGGUGAUUCUUGUCAAAUGCCCAAAAUUCAUGUUAAUUCUUGUAAAGAUAUCUCGAAUAAUCUCCCAUAUCUCAUAGAAUGCCUUAUAUUACACAUAGAUCAUGAGGUUUCCGAUGAACCCAAAGUUUAUGCUAGCUGUAAAACUUCUAUAAUGUUAGAGCUCUUUCCAGAAAUCUUUCAUGACCCAGAUUCUGCAUUGAAAGAAACCGAUGUAUUGAAUAACACUGAAAUAUCGAGCAAAAUUAAAUGGAUAGAAAUAUGGCAAAGAAUAUUGAGUUCUGCCUAUAAUUUUGAAAUUAUUACAUCUACAAACAUCCGUAGCGACUCUAAAAAUGGCCAUUUAACCGAAUAUAUUUUGUUUAGCAGGAUUUCCAAUGUUUAA